AUAAAAGAAGGAAAGUACAAUGAGGUGAUUCGAAUACUUCAGUAUGAGGUGCAGCGUGCUCCCACGAAUCGUGCCGCACUGUCUCUGCUAGGAUAUUGCUACUACUUCACUCAGGACUUCAUCAAUGCCGUGGACGCCUAUUCGCAAUUAUCACGCCUCUUUCCUAAUUUCCCUGAGUACAAGGUCUACCAUGCACAGUCACUCUACAAUGCUUUCAUGCUUCCAGAAGCACUACAGAUCGUUUCAACA